UAUAUCAAUAUACUGGACAUUCUGCUGAACGCUGAGCAUUCUUACAAGAUUCAGGAUUUAUGGCAAAUAUCGUCCAAAACAGAGACAACAGCUCAACAAACAGCAGCUGAAGAACUAAUCGCCAGAAUUAUUCCCAAAAGAGCGCAUGAAUUUCAAGUCAUAAUCAAUACAAAACUAUUGCAAACCGACAAUAAGGAUAAGUUUAUUUUAGAGAGCGUUUCAAACAAUAGCAUCCGAAUUACUGCAACGAGUGGUGUGAGCGCUGCCAAUGGCUUCAAUUACUAUCUUAAAAAGUAUCUCAAUUGUCACAUCUCUUGGUCUGGCGAUCAGCUUAAUAUACCCGACGGUCCCCUCCCUGUUAUCAGUGCACCUCUAACUGUAGUCAUUCAAGACAAACUGCGUUACUAUCAGAAUGUGUGUACAGUUAGCUAUUCAAUGGUUUGGUGGGAUUUUAAGCGAUGGGAACGAGAAAUCGAUUGGAUGGCAAUGAAAGGUAUCAAUUUUCCCCUCGCUUUUAAUGGCCAGGAAUACGUUUGGCGAAAGGUAUUUCAAACAUUUGGUCUAACAAUACCCGAAAUAGAUGAGUACUUUACGGGACCUGCAUUUCUGGCAUGGUAUGGCUGGUCGGGUCCUUUAAGUGACAAUUGGCACAAAGUGCAGGCGAUAUUACAAUCACAAAUAUUGGCGCGUAUGAGAUCAUUGGGUAUGAUUCCAGUGUUGCCAGCAUUUGCCGGACACGUGCCCCGCAAUAUUACACGCAUUUGGCCCAAAGCUCAAGUGUCUAGACUUAGCGAUUGGGGAAAAUUUAACCAAACAUUUUGUUGGUGUAAUUGUAUUUCUCUAUUAAAUAAUAGCACAUAUUUUCUGGAACCAGAGGACCCACACUUUGUUCAAAUCGGAUCCGCAUUUAUUAGUGAAUAUACAUCAAUGUACGGAACCGAUCACUUCUAUAACACCGAUCUUUUUAAUGAGAUGACACCAAAAACCAAUCAAACAUCAUAUCUUACCGAUUGUGGAAAUGCUGUUUAUCAGAGUUUGAUUAAAUCCGAUCCUCAAUCUUUGUCUAAGGUGAUGCAAGGGUGGCUAUUUGUUAAUGAUCCCGGUUAUUGGCAUAAAGAACAGGCCAAAGCUUUAUUGACAUCUGUGCCUAAGGGAAAACUAUUGAUUUUGGACUUAAUGUCUGAAUUGAAUCCACAAUUCAGUCAUUUGGAUGGUUAUUACGGACAACCAUUUAUAUGGUGUAUGUUACACAACUUCGGGGGCGUUCUCGGCAUGUAUGGCGCCUUUAAUCACAUUAAUCUUGAUGUGUUUGAAGCGAGAGCUAAAUAUGAGAAUAUGUUAGGCAUUGGUCUCACACCAGAAGGCAUUGAACAAAAUGAUAUAAUCUAUGACUUUAUGACCGAAAGCACGUGGUAUUCAGCGCCGGUUGACCUCAACCAAUGGGUCACUCAAUACGUGCGCCGGCGUUACAACUAUAUUAAUGAAGAUAUCACUAAAGCCUGGAAUCUAUUACAAAAUAGUGUGUUCACAGAUGGUAUAAAAGUGCACAAUCACGGCGAGUAUACCAUCAAUAAGAGACCAUCGCUUAAAUCACGUUCAGUCUUGUGGUACAAACCUUCGGAUGUGUUUAACGCUUAUAAAUUAUUUAUCAAUGCAUCGACUGUUUCUCAGCUCAAAAAUAGUUCAACUUUUCAGUACGAUUUGGUUGACAUAACUCGACAAUCAUUGCAAUUGGCUUUUGAUGUGAUUUACGCCAAAUUAGUUCUUUCUUAUGAAGCGAAAAAUGAAACCGAAUUGAAAAACCUGUCGACUGUUAUCCUAACACUAAUGGAUGAUAUGAACGACAUAUUGUCUACGAAUGAGUAUUAUUUAUUAGGAAAAUGGAUUAAUAGCGCCCGAACAAUGGCUGUUAGCGAUCAGCCAAUAAAUGGUGUCAUAAUUGAUAAAUAUUUCACAUUUUGCUUAAAGGAACGAUUAUAUAACGAAUAUCAAGCAAAAAAUCAGAUAACAAUAUGGGGACCAAAUGGGAAC